UAAAACAUAGUAAACAUAGUAAAUAUAGUAAAACAUAGUAAUCCAUGGUAAUAGUAAACCUUUUUCACAUUUUGGAUCAACUCUUCCCUUUCCACCGAUCACAAAAAUAGAACCAAAAAAAAAACUGAAAAAAUUGAACUCGAAAUUCCAAAAACUUACAAAAAGGUUAUAACAGAUGAGCGAUCUUAACGAGUGCGCCCUGGAUCGCCACUUCGCCGCCCAGUUGCGUGACUUGCAAUCGUACUCAAAGGAACACCCAGUUAGCCAGGAGGAUUUUGCCAUUAGCCAGCGCUGGAUGAAAUACUUCCAGGGAGCUAAAGGCCUUGACAAAUUCGCCCGGAACUGCAUGUUGAUGCUGAUGUUCAACCAACUAAGGGAGAUUGGCCACCUGAGUAAACCCUUCACUGAAAUGGAGAACAUGGACCGCUCAUUGGAUGAUUUGGUGAACGAGUACCAGGUUACUGCAGUGGUUGCAGAUGCCCAGGAAACGGAGACCAGUGCCUCGAGCCCUGACGGUGGGAGUAGUGGCUGCUAUCAGGAGGUGACCUCAGAGGAGCCUCUUACCGGUCCCCAAUUCGAGAGCAUAAAACAGGCGAACCAGGAGCUCCUCAAGGAGAUUGACUCUCUGCACAGCCGCACCGUGGAAACGGAGAAGCUCUACAGGAGCCGAAAUCAAGAGCUGGAGAAGAAGAUGGCCGAUAAAUCCAAGAAGGGCAAACCGAAGCUCGUUCAGGAGGGCAUCAGCCAAUCCUGCCGAGCGGCCAUUCACCUUUUGAAGGAUUGGCCGGGCGAUACAGUGCGACUCAAUUUCCUGGCCACCUGCUUUGAGCCCCUCCUGCGGAAAGAACUGGUAACCAGCUUACAGAUCGCCGAGCUCGAUCUCAAAUUGGAGGACACUUUGAACAGCCUGGUUAUGCAGGCCUGUUCGCGAAGGGACGACAAUGUUCGGAUGCUUUAUGAGCAAAUUUUGAGGCAUGAUAAGAAUGUCCUUAAAGAAAAGGAGGAGAAGCUGCGCCGUUUUCAGGAAUCCUUGAAGCAGGAGCGUCAAAGACUGCGGGUGCUUUCCGAGGAUCUGAAACGGCGGGAGGAUCUCAUUCGGAGGCACCAAGCCAUCGCCACUUUGGCAGCUACAGGACUUCCGCCCGAAGACCUGGGCAGCCUGAGGUGCGAGUUGUGUCAAAGGGAAGUCUCCGAAAGCGACGAGGAUCUGCCAGAAUUUUCCGAUGCAUUUAGCGAUCUGUCCGUAGACAAAUGCUAAACCUUCGACGAUAACCUCCACAUAACACAUUCCCACAUUCCAAAUGUAUUUUCCAUUUUCUUGUUCGAAUCAAUAAAUCGUUGAGUUGUUUUGAAAA